CGGCGCUUUGCAGACGCGAUGUAAAUGAAAGAAAAAUGUGGAAAUAAUAAAUUAGCGUUCUUCAAAUGUAACCGGUUACAAUUCGCAUGCAAAUGAAAACUGAAUUUCUCAAGUGAAACCCGCCGAAUAAAAGAAAAAGCAAAAAGUGCGCGGCGGAGCUAGUUGUGGAAAAUGGCGCAACCCCCGCCGGAUCAGAAUUUUUACCACCACACACUGCCACAUCCGCACACGCAUCCGCAUCCACACACACACCCACACACACACGCACAGCAUCCACAGCUGCAGUUGCCGCCACAGUUUCGCAAUCCCUUCGAUUUACUAUUCGAUGAACGCACGGGCGCCAUCAACUACAACUACAUUCGUCCCUAUCUGCCCAACCAGAUGCCAAAGCCAGAUGAGCUGUCCGAGUCGCUGGUAAUGCGACGACCACGUCGCACUCGCACCACAUUCACCAGCUCCCAAAUAGCCGAGCUGGAGCAGCACUUUCUGCAGGGACGUUACCUGACCGCACCUCGCCUGGCCGAUUUGUCUGCCAAGUUGGCGCUGGGCACGGCGCAGGUGAAGAUCUGGUUUAAGAAUCGCCGACGCCGCCACAAGAUUCAAUCGGACCAGCACAAGGAUCAGUCGUACGAGGGCAUGCCGCUCUCCCCGUCCAUGCCCAAUGCACCGGCAAAGACAGCGGAUGCGGAUCCGCCGAGUCUGCAGGCGCUGAGCCUUAGCGGUAGCGCUGCCACACCCAAUGCUCUGACGCCAUCGCCCACACCAUCCACGCCCACGGCGCAUCUCGUUGAGCAUUACAGCGAGUCCUUCAGCGCCUACUACAACUACAACGGCAAUCAGCAUACACAGGCCGCAACGGGUCAGCAGCGGAUUGUAACGCAGAUGCCUGGCCAGUAUUCGAAUGCAUCGGCGUCCAAUUCUGCUGCUCAGUUCUUUCCCGGGGCUGCAGCCAUGCACCAGCAGCAUGGCAAUGCACAUCAGCAAGUCCAUCACCAGCAGCAGCAGCCACAGCAACUGCAUCAUCCCCAUGCGAUUGCACAACAACAACAACAGCAGCAACAACAACAACAACAGCAACAAUACCAUCAUUUUGAUUUUCAGCAGAAGCCUGGAAAUGGCUGUCGGGUGCCGCUGAUCAAAUGCGAAAACGAGGACGACUACAAUUUCAAUGGAUCGUAUUAUAUGAGGACGGCGGCGCUGCCGCUGAGUGGCGUCGCUGCCAGCGGCAUGCCGGCCGUCGAGGCCGUGACGUCUGCGCUCUCGCCCGGCUCCGAGGUCUAUGAGCCAUUAACACCAAAGAAUGACGAAAGUCCCAGUCUGUGUGGCGGUGGCGGACCUGCUGGCGGCGGCGUCGGCGUUGGCGGCCCGUGUGCCACUGCUGUCGGCGACGCCGAUGUUACCGACGACAUGGACAAUGGAUCGAAUAAGAAGACGACGACGCUGCAGAACUUGGAGCCAUUGAAGAGCAAUAACAACAACAAUGCGGUUGCAGACAAAACCUGUGACAAUGGCAGCGAUAUCUUGAGCCAAGGACUUCUCGCUGUGGCACGUGGCAAUCUCAUCGGGUGUGGUGGCAGCAGCGGUAGCAGUACCUUUGGCAAGUUCGGCAAACUCACUGUGCCGUCCACGCAGCCGCCACCGCAUCCGGGUGGCUCAAUGGAGGCGAUGCAAGAGUCAAACCAAUAUCAGUGCACGAUGGAUACGAUAAUGCAAGCGUAUAAUCCCCAUCGUAAUGCCGGUGGGAACACCCAGUUCGCCUAUUGCUUCAAUUAGGCUGACACAUUAAAUAAUGCCUCAAAAUAAUAAUAAUUGUAAAGAAAAAAAAACCAAACAAAUUUCAAUGUUUGUGGAGUUUAUAGCUUUAACCGUUGUUUCCUGAUUGUACAAAGAUCUAAUAAUUGUAGAUAUCCAUAUGCAUAGUAUUUAAGCCAAUUUAACAUUGUUUUAAACCAAGUAUGUAAUGCAUAGUUGUAGCUGGCGAGUUUUUUUAUGCAUUUUCUACUGACAUAAACUUAAGUCCCACUAUUUGGAAACUUUAUUUGUAAAGCGCUCUUUGAUCUCAACGCUGUCUGGCUGGGCAUUUGCCAAAGCCCAUGAAUGCCCAACCAGACACUGUUGAGACGAAUAUGGGCUUUAAUUGAACGCUUUACAGAAGAAGUUUAUAGAUAAAUAUAAAAUGCAUUUCUUUCUUAUAACUCAGGCCAACUGGCAUAGCCUGUAAAACUGUACUGAUCUAAAUGAAAAAUGUUUCUCUUCCUAAUAAUCGCAUGUCUUUCUGUGGACACUAUCUGCCAUUAUCAGUCGAAGAUCGAACGUUUAACCAAUAAUGUUCUUCAGAAUAUUUUUAAACUUUGUUAUGCCACAGUUUGCAUGUUGCAAUUAAGCAUUCUUCACGUGAGAAUUGUUUACAAUUUGUCUCAAAACACAUGUAAAGCACAGGCCUCAGUUAUCUAAACGAAAUCUUUACUUACUUUCAGUAUGUAAGAGAGUUUUAUCAGUUGAAAAUGCAUUCAAAAUAUGUAUCCCAGUUACCCUUGAAUGGUGCACCAUUUAAAUAUUGUUCUAAACGUAACUUAUCUACAUAUCUGUAUGAAAUAGUCUUUGGGGACAUAUUUAAAAUAUUCAGAGUAUUGUUUUCUGUACUAUUUUAAUAAAUCUUAUAAACUACAAUAUAUGUUUAACACUAUGCUCUUAAGCUUUAAAGAUACGCUGUCCUUGAACAGACUUCAGUUCGAUUAGUAUUAAUUAAAUACAUAUUAUGAGGUGCUAUUAA